GCACUAGUCUAAAUUUAUGAAUUGAGUUUGAAUUUUGAGCUUGUUUUUGCGUCAAAAUAUUUGCUUAUUAUGGGACGAAGACGGUCAAAGAGAAAACCAGAACCCAAGAAAAGAAGAGAGCCUUUAGAUGUGCAGUUCAACUGUCCGUUUUGUAACCACGAAAAGUCAUGUGAAGUGAAAAUUGAUAGAAUAAAAAACAUGGGCUAUAUAUCUUGCCGAGUCUGUCUAGAAUCAUUCCAAUCMGUUGUUAAUUAUUUAUCAGAACCAGUAGAUGUGUAUAGUGAUUGGAUAGAUGCCUGUGAACAAGCCAACCAAUGAUGUACCAGCACAAUCCUCAAGACAUGUACAUACCAUAAUAAUCAUUCGAGGCUAUUUUACUUGAACAUCUGAAUGAAAGAUGAAAGACUUUUGUAUAAUAUUGUGUCUAAUACAGUGAAACCAUCAAGAUACCUUUUCCUCAAAAGACGCUCAAAAAGACGCCUUUCAUGAAUGGACAUCUUUUCCAGCUAUUUGAUUAUCAUAAAAUUUGUGUAAAAAUAAACCAGAUCUCUCUGCUAUCUAAGAAGAGAUAGCCAGCCAUUAAGCUAGUGUGAGAUGUGUUUAUCUACUGACAUUUUAGAUGUUCCUUUUUACAUCAACAAGAAACAACAUAAAAAACUUCA